AUAUUUUCGGUAUUAGGUUCGAUUAUAAAUUGAGGCUUUUCCCUUGCACUAAUUCACAAUUAUAAUAUUCUUCUCUCCGAAAAAAAAAACAAUCAGAUUCUUCCAGGCAUUCUUAUUCGGCGGUCUAAACUAAAUUUCUUCGACACUUCCUCUCUGAAGAUGCAGAUUUUUGUGAAAACCCUUACUGGCAAGACCAUCACACUUGAGGUUGAGAGCUCAGACACAAUUGACAAUGUUAAGGUUAAGAUUCAAGAUAAGGAAGGAAUUCCCCCAGAUCAGCAGAGGUUGAUCUUUGCCGGUAAACAGUUGGAAGAUGGAAGAACUCUAGCUGACUACAACAUCCAGAAGGAAUCCACUCUCCAUCUAGUCCUCCGUCUCAGAGGUGGUAUGCAAAUCUUUGUGAAAACCCUGACUGGCAAGACCAUCACUUUGGAAGUCGAGAGUUCUGAUACUAUCGAUAAUGUCAAGGCGAAGAUCCAAGAUAAGGAAGGUAUUCCUCCGGACCAGCAGAGGUUGAUUUUUGCUGGGAAGCAAUUGGAAGAUGGGCGCACCCUUGCAGACUACAACAUCCAAAAGGAAUCCACUCUCCAUCUUGUCCUCCGUCUCAGAGGUGGUAUGCAAAUCUUUGUGAAAACCCUGACUGGCAAGACCAUCACUUUGGAAGUUGAAAGUUCUGAUACUAUCGAUAAUGUCAAGGCCAAGAUCCAAGAUAAGGAAGGUAUUCCUCCAGACCAGCAGAGGUUGAUUUUUGCUGGGAAGCAAUUGGAAGAUGGGCGUACCCUUGCAGACUACAACAUCCAAAAGGAAUCCACCCUUCACUUGGUUCUACGACUAAGAGGUGGUAUGCAGAUCUUUGUGAAAACCCUUACUGGAAAGACCAUCACCUUAGAAGUUGAGAGUUCAGAUACCAUUGACAACGUUAAGGCUAAGAUUCAAGAUAAGGAAGGAAUUCCUCCAGAUCAGCAGAGGUUGAUUUUUGCUGGGAAACAAUUGGAAGAUGGCCGUACCCUUGCUGACUACAACAUCCAGAAGGAAUCUACCCUUCACCUUGUCUUGCGCCUUCGUGGUGGUAUGCAAAUCUUUGUGAAGACCUUGACUGGAAAAACCAUUACCUUGGAGGUGGAGAGCUCUGACACUAUUGAUAAUGUGAAGGCCAAAAUUCAGGAUAAGGAGGGAAUUCCUCCAGAUCAGCAAAGGUUGAUUUUUGCUGGAAAGCAGCUGGAGGAUGGUCGCACUCUUGCUGAUUACAACAUCCAGAAGGAGUCCACACUUCACCUUGUCCUUCGUCUCCGUGGUGGUAAUUAAACAUUUCUGUUGGCAUUGGUUUUAAAGAAGAGUGUUUAGCGACUGUUGGUGCGUCUGCUCUCUGUGACAACUUAUGUUAUGUUUCCAGAGUUAUCUUUUGGUUUACAUCUGUGAAAAACUUAUUUCGAUCUGUGAAGACUUCAGUUCAUGAUUGGAGUUUAUCUUUCAUUUGAGGAGUGUCUUUUGCUUUAUGCAGUUGCAGUCUUACCUUGCACUGCACAAUGGUUCAAUGUCCUAGUAGGUGCCUGUAUGGUGCUUACAGUUAAGUGCAUGAAUAAAUUUGCACAUUUGGUGCUGUGAACACUGUUACUUAAAUUGGGCUUGCCCAGUUCGAUUAUGUCUAUCUUUAUCAUUUUUACC